AUGACCCUCCUUUCAGUAGAGGGAAUAAACUUAUCUCUAAGUCAUGCUGCAACAAGUAAAGCGUUUGUUUCAUCGGCAAAUGAUAUUGGCUUAUAUAUUGGUAAAACACUUUCCGGUGAACAAAAGUAUCAACUAAUAACACAUCAUUUUCAACCAGAUAAAACAUUUGUUUGGCCUUACAAAGAACGUACAACAGUAAUAAAUGGAAAAACACUUAUAGAAAAAAGAUAUUUGAAACAAAAUCAUUUGGAUGAAUUUAAAUGGCUCAGAUAUUCAUCAUCUCAAAAAGGCUUAUAUUGUAUUGCCUAUGCCAUUUUCACAACGUCAACGACAAGAAUUUCUUCAUAUGGAAGAUUAGUUGAAAAACCACUAGAUGAUUACAAAUAUCUUCUUGGAAAUACUGGAGACUUAUCUCUUCAUCAAAAAAAAAAUUAUCAUUCAGAUUCCAUAGCAAAAAUGGAAAACUUCUUGUAUAUUUAUUCUAAAAAACCAGAAAUGUCUGUUAGAUUAUUGAUCGAUAAACGUUCACAAAAUGAAAUAGCAGAAAAUCGUGCACGACUGAAACCAAUUAUCGAAACAAUUUUAUUAUGUGGUAAACAAAAUUUUCCUCUUCGUGGACAUCGUGAUGACGGUGGUCUGUCUACAGAAAAUGAAGGACUUUUAGCAGAUGAAGGAAACUUUCGUGCUUUAUUACAAUAUCGUAUUGAAAGUGGUGAUGUUGAACUUAAACAGCAUAUAGAAACAUGUCGAAAAAAUGCCACAUAUAUUUCCAAAACAAUACAAAAUGAAUUGAUCUCGAUUAUUGGUAAUUUAAUUUUAAAAGAAAUUAUUCAAGAAGUUAAAGCAGCACGAUUUUUUACAAUAUUAUUAGAUGAAACAGCUGAUGUAGCUAACAUUGAACAAGCCAGUCUUUGCAUUAGAUACGUUUUAAAUGAUCAAAUCCAUGAAAAAUUCUUAAUGUUUAUUCCAGUUAAAGAUCGAUCUGGCGCUGGUCUAGCGAAUUUAAUUAUUAAAUCUGUCCUAGGCUUAGGAUUGGAUCUGACUAAUUGUAUUGGACAAGGUUAUGAUGGUUGUUCUAGUAUGGCAGGAUAUAUAAAAGGUUGUCAAGCAUUGAUUCGAGAAAAAUAUCCUCAUAUACUUUACGUGCAUUGCGCCUCUCAUUCUUUCAACUUAGCAUUAAGUGAUAGUUGUGAUAUGCGUUCAAUACAAAAUAUGAUUGGUACAAUAAAAGAAGUUUACAACUUCAUUCGAUCAUCGUCAGUUCGUAGUCAACUAUUUGUAGAAUUAGCACGUCCAUCAAAUGAGACAAGAAGUAUAGCUGUGAAUAACAUCCUUAAAUCAUCAUCAAAUCAAUCAUCAGAAGAUAAAACAACUGAAGUUACAUUUAAAAAAGUGAAAUUAGCCAAUGUCUGCCCAACAAGAUGGGUUGAACGUCAUGUUGCUGUUGAAACAUUUAAUACUUUAUAUCCUGUUGUUGUUGAAUUAUUAAUUGAUUUAAUGCAAAGCAAAGAUAGAGAAUGUUCAACCAAAUCCAAUCUGUUUUAUAAAGCAAUUUCAUCGUCAGAGUUUUUAUGCUCAUUAACAAUAUUAAAUAAAUUAUUGUCUUUCACAAUUAAUAUAUCGCAGUACAAGUUUUUAUUCGAAGAAGCACAAGAUUUGGCUAAACAUACAGAAAGUACAAUUGAAAUGCCAAGAAUCAUCCAACGACAAAUAAAUAGAAAUAAUAUUCCUGCUUCAUCUACAUAUGAAUAUUUUAAAUUAAAUAUUUUUAUUCCUGUACUUGAUCAUUUUUUAAUGGCUAUUAAAGAUAGAUUUACUGAACAUGUCCAACAAGCAGCACGUAUUUCAUCCAUCAUUCCACAGUAUAUUGCUGAUAAAACGUAUGAUGAUUUAGCUCCAGCAAUUGAACUUUAUCAGAAAUUUUUGCCUGGUUCAAUUACUGAAAUUAAAUCGGAAUUCUUAUUGUGGAAAAAAAGAUGGACACAAAUUAACACAGAAAAUAGUUCCAAUGUAUUAUCACCUAAUUCAAUGAACAACACCACUUCAGUGACCAUGAAGCGCAAAGAACAAGUAUCUUUACCAGAUACAGCAAUCGAUGCUUAUGUUCAAUGUGCUGAAGCAUUUUAUCCAAAUAUAAAAGUAUUAUUGCAAAUGUUUUCAACUUUACCAGUAACAACAGCUUCAACAGAGAGAACAUUUUCUGUUCUAAAACUGUUGAAAACAUAUUUACGAUCGACCAUGUCGCAAACAAGACUUAAUGGUCUCGCUAUGAUGUAUAUAUACAGAAAUUUAACUGUAAACGUUGAUUCUGUGAUUGAUGACUUUGCUAAGUCUAAUCGUCGUCUACUUCUUUAG